AUGACAAAUUUUGGUUUUCCUCCUACCCAGCCUAUCACUUGGCCCAAGUUUGCGGACAUCCAUCCCUAUGCGCCAGUGGACCAGGCUCAAGGUUAUCGCCGUCUCUAUGAGGAACUGGAAAAAGAUUUGUGUGAAAUUACAGGCUUUGAUGCUGUGUGUUUCCAAUCAAACAGUGGAGCACAAGGAGAGUACACUGGUCUGAGAGCCAUCAGAGCGUACCAUGAACACAUUGGAGAAGAAAACAGAAAGGUAUGCCUUAUCCCUGUUUCUGCGCAUGGCACCAACCCUGCCAGUGCUCAAAUGGCUGGUUACCAGGUGCAAGUUGUCAAGGUGGAAGAUAAUGGAAAUGUCAGCAUGAGUGACUUGAAGAUGCAGGUUGAGAAGCACAGCAAAGAUUUGGCCGCCAUCAUGGUAACAUAUCCUUCCACUAACGGAGUCUUUGAAGAAGGAAUCAGGGACAUUUGUGACUUGGUACAUGAACAUGGAGGACAAGUCUAUCUCGAUGGCGCUAACUUAAAUGCUCAGGUUGGAAUUUGUCGACCAGCGGAUUAUGGCGCCGAUGUUAUGCACACAAAUCUCCACAAAACCUUCUGUAUUCCUCACGGGGGCGGAGGACCUGGUAUGGGGCCUAUCGGAGUGAAAAAGCACCUCAUUCCAUUCUUGCCGUCCCAUCCCGUGGUUGCACCUCGGAGUUCCAGAGGUGAACGUACCCAUCCAUUUGGGGUCAUUUCAGCAGCUCCAUAUGGCUCCAGUGCUAUUUUACCCAUUUCCUGGUCGUACAUCAAACUUAUGGGCCCCAAGGGUCUCGCACAUGCAACUAAGAUUGCUAUUUUGAACGCAAACUACAUGGCUGCCAGACUGAAGGAUCACUAUGAUGUUCUGUUCAUCGGAAAAGACGGUUAUUGUGCCCAUGAGUUUAUUGUUGACGCCAAAGAUUUCAAGAAAUUUGGUAUCGAAGCAAUCGACAUUGCUAAGAGACUUCAGGAUUAUGGUUUUCAUGCGCCCACUGUAUCUUGGCCAGUGAGCACUGCCCUAAUGAUCGAGCCCACAGAGAGCGAAAGCAAAGCUGAGUUGGACAGACUAUGCGAUUCGCUCAUAAUGAUCCGCGAAGAAAUCCGUUUUAUAGAAGAAGGCCUAAUGGAUAAAGCAAAUAACCCAAUUAAGAAUGCCCCACACACUCAGGAUGUAGUCACUGCAGAUGUAUGGGAUAGACCUUACAGUCGAGAAGUUGCAGCCUUCCCCGCUCCUUGGUUAAAGGGAACCGCAAAAUUCUGGCCAACGUGUUCACGAGUAAAUGACAGAUAUGGCGACCAACAUCUGGUGUGUUCGUGCCCACCUCUUGAGAGCUACGAUUAUGAAAAAACCAAGUCUUUUGCUUAA